AUAAAGACGGCCCCAUGUCCUACCAACACUACAUGGCCGAUGUACAGAGUCUGAAAGAUAUUGGGGCCAAGGUGUAUUACCUCUCGCUGUCCUGGCCUCGGAUCCUGCCAAACGGUGACUCUGGAAAGAUAAAUCGUGAGGGAAUCAAGUUCUACCACAAGCUGCUGAUGGCUGUCACGGAGGCUGGCAUCCAGCCUAUAGUCACCCUCCAUCACUGGGACGUCCCUGCUGCCUUCAGCAAUGGCUGGCUCAGCGAGGAUAUUGUAGAAGCCUUUGGCAACUAUUCAAGAAUAUGUUUUAAAGAGUUCGGUGGAAAGGUGAAAAUGUGGAUUCCUCUGAAUGAUCCGAACAAAAUGGCGUUGCUAGGAUACGAGCAGGGCUACCACGCCCCUGGUAUUAGAGGUGAAGGUUAUACAGCCGCACAUAACAUGCUGAAGGCUCACGCCUCCGUCUACCGAAUAUACCAGCGAGAGUUCCAACAUUCCCAGGGAGGCAAGGUCGGAUUAGCAGUUCGCUCGGCGUGGUUUAUUCCGAAGACAUCACGUAACCCUGGAGACUGGUUCGGGCAAGCUCUAUCGUUUGCCUACAAAUCUGAUUGGAUGGCUGACCCAGUAUUUUUAGAUGGAAAUUACCCGGCUGUGAUGAGACAGGAAGUCCACUUGAGAAGCAAGUACCGCAACAUGACAUCGAGGCUGCCGGUUCUUACAACGGAGGAGCAGAAAAUGAUAAAAGGUUCUGCGGACUUCCUGGGUAUCAGCUACUACACAGCACACCAGGUGGAGAGGGUCACAAACUACCCCCCGACUGCAGCACCCAGCAUCGCUGAUGACGUGUCCGUCAAGACGUCUGCCGACAACUCUUGGCCCAGGACAAACCUGGACUGGCUCCGAGUCUACCCGAAGGGAAUCCGUCAAAUCCUGAGACGAGCUAGAGAGCGUUAUGGCAACAUUCCAAUUUACGUCACUGGGAACGGCGUGUCCGACGACCCGGGCACCACCGACGACAAGCUCCGGGCAUCAUACAUUGCGCAUCACACCAAUGAAAUUCUUAAAGCUAUACAGUUAGACAAAGUGGACGUCCGUGGCUACGUCGUUGAUAGCCUCGUUGACGACUUUGAGUGGAGAGACGGCUACAACGUCAGCUUUGGCCUUUUCGCCAUCAACAAGACAGACCCGACCAGAGCGAGGGUCCCUAAGCUCUCGUCAAAAUACUACGCUGACAUCAUAAAGAACAACGGCUUCGUGUCUCCUUCCACCUUCACUAUGAUGUUUCCGGGAGAGACUUGACCGACGACGGAAGCGCCUGUGAGAACAACAGCGAUACAUGGAAACUGUGCGACUUCACAUGGCUC